GAGUCAGGAUGCGCUUUUUAUUUCUCUCAGUUUUUGCAUUAUUUUUAUUAUUUUACUGCACUUCUGCUCACAACAGCGGCGUUAGGAAAACCAAAAUGCACUUCUCAACGGGUCCACUUCUGAAAUUCCAAAUUUGUAUCUCCUGAGGAUACAAGCGGGUGUUUGAGGAGUACACGCAGGUCUUGUCCCAGCGGUACCCAGACAUCCGCAUUGAGGCAGAGAACUACCUUCCUCUGCCAAUUUACAGGCAUAUCGCUUCCUUUCUUUCCAUUUUUAAACUCCUGCUGAUCGGUGUGGUCAUUGUGGGAAAAGACCCAUUUGCGCCGUUUGGCAUGGAGCCGCCACAUUUUUGGACUUGGAGUCAAGAGAAUAAGAUAUUCGCCUGCAUGAUGGUGUUCUUCUUCAGCAAUAUGAUUGAAAAUCAGUGCAUGUCUACAGGAGCUUUUGAGAUAACGUUUAAUGAUGUUCCAGUCUGGUCCAAGCUGGAGUCGGGCCACCUGCCUUCCAUUGAGCAACUGAUGCAGAUCCUGGAGAAUGAAAUAAAGAUGAACAUGCCCAUGAGCAAACAUCCACAGUUUCACUCCUAACCUGGAACUCCACACCUUUCCACUGUCUGUGCCCUUAAGCAUGUAGUGAAAAGCAUGUAGUGCUUCAUGCUUUCAUCUGACCUGUGGUUGGAUAGGUGCUCUAGCUGAGCAAAGUUACUUUCGAAACAAGUUAACAGUAAGCUGGGUGUACAAAAUUCAUAUAGAAAAUAAUAUUUAAUUAAAUAAACCUGUCAACCAUAAUGAACACCUUUGGGAUGAAUUAUAAUGUUGAUUCUAAAUGUGUUUCAGUUUGCAGCCUCACUGUUUUAGCUUUAUUGUGUUUAUAUCAUUGACAGGGGCCUUUAGCUUAGCCUGCUAACUGAAAAUUGUAAAUAACAUUUACAUACACUAAUCAAUAUUAUGUAUCAAAGUAUUUGUAAUCAGCUUGGGUUAUGUUUUAAAUCUCAGAUUGUCCACUGCAGUAGUAAUUGCCUCUGGCUUUUCGAUUCACCUGUGGAUUGAUGUAAAGCACCACCCAUCAAAGGUAAACAUAGUAGAGCAGUUAGUUGUAGACUUGUAGGUCGUUAAAUGUUCAACAAAUUUUAACCUCGUGGCACAUGAUUGGUCCAAUGGCUCUAGUGGAGCCAACCACUGUGAAUCAAGUCAUCUCUGAUUUGCAGACAAUUCUGAAUCCCGAUGUGACAAGCACAGGCUUAAUUAAAAAAAAAAAGUAUAACUAAUGUGUACAUGCAUGUUCCCCGACUGCAACCAUUGUUCUCAGGCAGUCAUGAGAUGACAUUUAUGAAGGUUUGCGCUGAAAGUAGCCAUACUGGCGCAGGCCGGAUGCCCUGUUCACUCGCCGCUGCCAUGAUUUCAAGGUGCCUUGCUAACAAAACCUGGUUCCUUCUACAAGUGAAGUCCACAAUGUGUGCAAUAUCAGUUCAGGGUUCAUAAUAACACAAUGUUCACUUAUAGAGAUCAUUUUUGAUAGUUUAGCCUAAUCAGAGGCAUUUUACAGUAGUGUAAUUUAUUUUGCUGUACUCUUUUUGUAGUUUCUUUUACAAAUAUAAAAUACAUUCUUACAAAAA